AUGCACACUAUUAUCAACUACUUUGUAAGAAAUCUCCCCGUAGCAGAUUUGGGCAUCCUGCGUAUUUCUUUUCCGUCAACGAUCGUGAAGGAGCAAGACCCGUAUCAUUGGCCACUGGGGGUUUUUCUCUGUCGGUGCGUCUUUCCCUUGUCGGAUUUAUUUUUUGGCGUGUCGGUUUGGUCGAUCACUCUCAUCGCUGUUGAUCGUCAUAGAGCCAUAGUCCGAGGAGUACUUCCCAAGCGCGGUUCCACCGUGUUCAAGUCAGCGCGUUGGAUGGUCGUCUGUGUUUGGAUUCUGUCGUUUCUGAUCAUUUCGGUGCCACAAUACGUGGUCAUGGGUUUCUUCGAUUACAGGCCAGAUUUCAACAUAAGUGACUGUACUCAAAGAUGGCCAAACGAAGAAGAUGGAGAUGAGAUGCGACAAGCCUACUUCAUGAGUUUGACCGUUUUCUGCUAUGUCCUGCCACUGACUAUUGUCGUUGGUACCUUUCAUAGCAUUUCGCGGAAACUUCGUGCCAGCAGCAAGUUCAACAGAACCAUAAGAGAGGAUUACGGCGAGAUCGACGAACAAAGACAUCGGGAAAGGCUAAGAGAAAGACAAAACUCCAAAGCAAAAAAGCUUCUAAUUCCAGUCGUCAUAGCUUUUGCUGUCACCAUGCUUCCCUUGAACGUUUUUCGCCUCGUUGUUUUGUACUGGAAAGAAAUUGCCCAACAAAAAUAUCUCUGGGUUUAUUUCAAUAUUUGCGUUUUUUCCGUCAUCAUAAAUUCAUCGAUAAACUUUUUCAUUUGCUCUCUUGCAAGUGACGAGUUUCGUCAGGGUUUCAAGCGAUUUUUCUCGUGGAAUACGGGCGAGAUUUCCUAUCCUCAGAGCGUGACUGAGCCGAGAGUCCCUCGUAGCUCACUUAGCCCUCUAAGCCCCGUAGAUUUAGGUAACAUUAAUCAAAGUUCUUUGAACGAAAGAGAUGAGUAA